UCUUCCCCCCCCCUCUCUCUUUCUCUCACUAAAUAAACAUCUCUCUAUACAUUAUACACUCACUCUCUACUUAUCUACUUCGCCUCCAAAUUCCCCUACCUAAUUUCAAUUUUACACACAACACAAACCCCUUCCGCUGCUGUUUCCGAUUGAAUUCGACUCAAUUAAUUAAGAUGGCGCCUGUUUUGAGUAGAAGCUUGGCCUCUGCUGCGGUGGCUGCCGUCCCUUACACGGCGUCGUUUUCUAUUAAGAACACUGGUAAGAGCAGUAGGGGUUUUCUGAGGAGCGCUUUUUUACCUAGAAAUGGAUUGAAGAACAGCUUUUCGAGGAGUGGAUUGGAGUGGAAACUGGAGAGGAGGCAGAGCAGUGUCGUCGUCAGAUGCGAGGCGGCCGCCGUGGCUGAGAAGGAGGCUCCUCAAGCCGAUGGUGAAACCUACGAGUACCAGGCGGAGGUGAGUCGAUUGAUGGACUUAAUUGUCCACAGUUUGUACAGCCACAAGGAAGUGUUUCUCCGGGAGCUUGUGAGUAACGCAAGCGAUGCUCUUGAUAAGUUGAGGUUUCUAAGUGUUACCGAACCUGCAUUACUUGGAGAUGCUGGUGAGCUAGCGAUUCGUAUCAAAUCCGAUCCCGAUAAUGGAACCAUUACUAUAACGGAUAGUGGUAUCGGAAUGACAAAAGAGGAGCUUAUAGACUGUCUUGGAACUAUUGCACAGAGUGGAACUUCUCGAUUUUUGAAGGCAUUGAAGGAGAACAAGGACCUUGGGGCUGACAAUAGCUUGAUUGGUCAAUUUGGUGUGGGGUUCUACUCUGCUUUUCUUGUUGCUGAAAAGGUUGUUGUGACAACAAAGAGCCCCAGGUCUGAUAAGCAGUAUUCCUGGGAAGCUGCAGCUGAUAGCAGCUCUUACGUAAUUAGGGAGGAAACAGAUCCCAAUAAUUUCCUCAGUCGAGGCACACAGAUCACCCUUUAUCUAAGGGAAGAUGAUAAGUAUGAGUACACCGAGCCUGCAAAGAUCCUGAAUUUGGUGAAGAAUUACUCACAAUUUGUUUCGUUUCCGAUAUACACAUGGAAAGAGAACUCGAGGACCAUUGAGGUAGAAGAAGAGGAAGAACCAAAAGAGGGAGAAGAAGUACCAGAGGGAGAGAAGAAAAUGACCAAAAAGACAAAAACUGAAAAAUAUUGGGAUUGGGAGUUAGCCAAUGAAACAAAACCCAUAUGGAUGCGCAGUCCAAAGGAAGUUGAGAAGGAUCAAUAUCAAGAAUUUUACAAGAAGACAUUCAACGAGUUUUUGGACCCACUUGCCCAUACCCAUUUCACCACAGAGGGUGAGGUGGAGUUUAGAAGUGUGCUUUAUAUUCCUGGAAUGGCUCCUCUUAACAACGAAGAUGUUAUCAACCCCAAGACAAAGAAUAUUCGUUUGUAUGUGAAACGUGUGUUCAUUUCAGAUGAUUUUGAUGGUGAACUGUUUCCAAGAUACUUGAGCUUUGUGAAGGGUGUUGUUGACUCAAAUGACCUUCCACUUAAUGUUUCCAGGGAGAUCCUACAGGAGAGCCGAAUUGUAAGGAUAAUGAGAAAGAGACUGGUGAGAAAGACAUUUGACAUGAUUCAAGAUCUUUCCGAGAGUGAGAACAAAGAGGAUUACAAAAAGUUCUGGGAGAAUUUCGGUAAAUUUAUGAAACUGGGAUGCAUUGAAGACACCGGAAAUCACAAGAGGAUAGUGCCGUUAUUGAGAUUUUUCUCUUCCAAGAGUGAGGAAGAAGGAAUAAGUCUAGAUGAAUAUGUCGAAAACAUGGGUGAAAAGCAGAACGCUAUCUUUUAUUUGGCAACAGACAGCUUAAAAAGUGCAAAGUCCGCUCCUUUCUUGGAAAGAUUGCUCCAGAAAGGAAUCGAGGUUCUAUACUUAAUUGACCCGAUCGAUGAAGUCGCCAUCCAGAAUUUGCAGACGUACAAAGAAAAGAAAUUCGUUGACAUUAGUAAAGAGGAUUUGGAGCUUGGUGAUGAAGAUGAGGUGGAUGAGAGAGAAACUAAGCAAGAAUAUAAUCUACUGUGCGACUGGAUAAAACAACAACUUGGUGACAAGGUGGCUAAAGUGCAAGUCUCCAAACGUUUAAGUUCGUCGCCUUGUGUGCUCGUUUCUGGCAAGUUUGGAUGGUCAGCAAACAUGGAAAGAUUAAUGAAGGCACAGACACUUGGAGAUACUACGAGCCUGGAAUUCAUGAGGGGAAGGAGAAUAUUGGAAAUCAACACAGAUCACCCUAUUGUCAAGGAUCUUAAUGCUGCAUGCAAGAACGAACCCGAGAGCACCGACGCCAAAAGGGCAGUGGAACUUCUCUACGACACAGCAUUGAUCUCUAGUGGAUUCACUCCUGAUAGUCCAGCUGAGCUAGGGAACAAGAUAUACGAGAUGAUGGCUAUGGCACUCGGUGGAAGGUGGGGCCGAUCGGAUGAGGGUGAUGAGGUAGCAGCAGAAGAUGCUUCUCAAGAUUCUGUUGUUUCUGAAGUUAUCGAGGCUUCGGAAGUGAGGACUGAGAGUGAUCCUUGGAGUGAGUGAUUAGUAUUGCCAUUUUGUUAGACUUUCUUUUAUCCGAAAAUUUAUUUACGGUGUAAUAAUAGGAAUGGAAAAACGUGGUUGAGUUUAGGACAUAAAUUUCUAGGGGCAAGGGGAAAGUAGGAUAAUUGAUAAUUUUUGAUGGGAUAAUCGAAGUUUUACAUGAUGGGUUUUCGUUUAUUUAUUUAAUGAUUACGAGAUUAUGAUCA